CAACCAAGACCCGCCUGCGGAAGCCCAACCCAUGGCUUGCGAAGCGAAGAACGCACCGCCUCGCCCUUCAACCCGGAGGCGGAAGGGCAAACGAGCCAUCCCCUCCCACGCGCCGCCGACCCAAGCGGCCGCCGCUCCCUCCACCGUCCCCGCAGCCGCUAUGGAGGCCGAAGCGGCCACCCCUGCAGCCACGAACUUCGUCUACGAUGCCCUCCCGGGGCUAAGCUUCGUCUUCUCCCCGGAGGAGCCCCUCGACGCCGCCGCCGAGAACCGCCCGGCCCUCGCCGCGCAGGAGGAGGACGACGCGACCACGACCUACGCCGUAUUCCGCAACGAGAUCACCGAGGCCGGGGACGCGCUCGCGGGCAUCCCCGCCGCGGACUUCUUCUCGCUCGACGUCUCCGCCGCCGUCGAGGCAGAGCCGGAUUCCCCGCCGGCGGUGGCCGCGGCGCUUGCCGCGGCGGCGGAGAUGCCCUCGAGCUCCCGCGCCGCCAAGGAGCAGCCGGCGCAGGGUUCGGAGCGCGCGUGGUUUAGGGGAGGGAGGCGGUUCAGGAGCCCCAUGCUGCAGCUACACAAGGAGAUUCUUGACUUCUGCGAUUUUAUAUCACCUUCUGCUGAAGAGCAAUCUUCACGGACAGCUGCUUUGCAAGCUGUCUCCGAUGUUGUCAAACAUAUAUGGCCUCAGUGCAAGGUGGAAGUCUUUGGAUCUUUCAGAACAGGGCUCUAUCUACCAACAAGUGAUAUUGAUGUUGUAAUAUUUGAGUCCAGGGUUAAGACUCCUCAAGUUGGCCUAUAUGCUCUGGCAAAAGCUUUGUCUCAGAAAGGCGUUGCUAAAAAGAUACAGGUAAUAGCAAAGGCUCGUGUGCCAAUUGUCAAGUUUAUGGAGAGAAAUAGUGGAAUAGCCUUUGACAUCAGCUUUGAUGUGGAUGGUGGGCCGCAAGCAGCAGACUUCAUCAAGGAUGCUGUGAAAAAGUUGCCUGCUUUAAGACCUUUAUGUAUGAUUCUGAAGGUUUUUCUGCAUCAAAGAGAGCUCAAUGAGGUCUAUACAGGUGGAAUUGGGUCAUAUGCUCUUCUCACGAUGCUGAUAACACAUCUACAGUUGGUCUGGGGAGGGAAAGGUAUUCUGGGGUAUCGUCAGUCCAUGGAACACAGUUUGGGGAUUCUCUUGGUCAAGUUUUUUGAUUUUUAUGGGCGCAAAUUGAACCAUUGGGAUGUUGGGAUAUCUUGCAACUCUGCAAGGACCUUUUUCUUGAAGACUGAUAAAGACUUUGUGAAUCUUGAUCGGCCACAUCUUUUAGCUAUCCAGGACCCCAUGGUACCAGAUAAUGAUAUUGGGAAGAAUUCCUUUAACUACUUCAAGGUUAAAUCAGCAUUUUCGAAGGCUUACUCUGUGUUAACUGAUGCAAACUUGAUUACAAACUUGGGGCCUAAUAGGAGCAUUCUGGGUACCAUUGUCAGACCAGAUUCGGUUCUCCUUGACCGGAAAGGCUGGAACAAUGAAGAGUCGAUAGCUGACAUGUUAACAGAACCCUGGGAACCGGUAACCCGACAGUUUGACAGUGAGAAUGAUGCAAUGUAUAAUUGGCAUAUGAUAGAUGAUGAACCAUUGCCCAGAAAUAGUCAAUCCACAUCUGAGGACACUAGUUUGUCACCAUUGCAGAAAAGGAAGUCCUCCAGAUCGAAUCAGAAAUCACAUAAAAAGGUGAAGGCCGAUGCCUCAGGUAAUAAUGUUGCAAAUGGCUUCAGAGAGGAUAGAGUGCACAAGCGGGGAAAAGGAUUGGCACAAGGUGAAAGAUUGCAUUAUAGCGCAGGAAGCGGCAAACGGAGAAAAGGACCAAGGGAGUAUGACAGAUUUACAAAUACACUCCCACAAUACACCCACGUUAGUAAGUGGUGAGUUAUAGGUGAUUACUAACAGUGUGGUUUCGGAGAUCCAACAAAAUUUGGCAGGGAGAAGAUGAUCAUGCUACAUUAUGCCAUGCAUGCCGAAUGUCUAAGUUACCAAGAGCCUUUUCGAAGCUGCACUAUAAUAUUCAUAUAUAUUUUUUUUAUCUAUUUGAUUGCAAUCCUUUUCGAGAUCGAACUUGGAUUUUAGUUAUAUUAUCUGGAUUGCAUCAAUUUUGCAAACUAGCUUGUAUUUUUAUUUGGUUAGGUAUCUGGUUGCGAUAGAAGUUCAGACUUCUCCGUUGAACCGAUCACUGAUGUGAAUCAUAUUCCGUUAUAUGAAUAUGCCGAGUGUUGGCCUCAAUCCAUUA